GCAUAUUCAAGUCAGUCGCAGCUCGACCAUGUCGCCGACGUCAGUAGAGCAGGAGCCGUCGCAGUUCUGGUGCCACGAGUGCAGCGCCGCUGUCGGCACGCGCGUGAACGAGGCCAGUGAAGAGGUUUGCUGUGUCCAGUGUGGCGGCAAUUUUGUCGAGGAGAUAGAGGAGGAUGAUCCGCCACAAGAUUUUCAGCUGGAGCAAGUGGAGGACACACAUACACAGACAUCGGCAGCUUCUGCGGAAAACACGACGCGGGCAGAAAUCCGUAAUGAAUUUGGAGGCACUCGCCCAUUACGCCCGACAGUUCGAGCUACGAGGUUUGCAGCGACAGGUGACGGACGAGAUGGAGCUCCAUUGCCUGAUUUGUUCCACAACACCGGAAAUCCCGUAGAAUUCUUUGUCAGUGAGUCGGGGGAAGGAGGAGAUCCGAUGGGUAUUUUGGACGCUCUGGGAGGCAUGUUCCCGAUGCUGGCCGGCAACGCGGGCGACUAUGCGUUUGGCAACAUGGCUAAUGUGAUUAACCAGCUCAUGCAGAAUGACCCCAACCGGCAUGGAGCUCCUCCUGCCGCUAAGGAGGUCGUGGAUAAGCUACCGAAGGUGAAGAUCACUCAGGGUGAAGUGGACGGCAGUGCUGAGUGCCCUGUUUGCAAAGAUUUUUUCGCGGUUGACGACGAGGUCCACCGUCUCCCGUGCGAGCAUUCGUUCCACCCAGACUGUAUCCUACCGUGGCUGAAGCAGCACAAUUCAUGUCCACUUUGCCGAUUUGAACUACCCACAGAUGACCCAGAUUACGAGAGACGACGCGCAGCAUCCACCUCCACAUGAGGAUAUCAACUAAGACUCAACCCACUCUCAAGCCAGGCAGAAGACACUGCAAAGCAGCAUACGUAGCCGUUUUAGUCCUUUUUUACUGAUAGAGUAGUAGGCCAAAUUAAUGCAGCUAGUCGUGUCUCGGCGGGAAAACC